AUGUCAUUUCGCGUUUCCGUAGGCGACUUGAUUGCCGAAAGCCGUCUGAUCGCAGUGAUGCAUCGCGCUUUUGAGGACCAACAUCUUCCCAGUGACUUGGAGCAGACCGCGCUCGAACUAAAAGGAACUCAGAAAACGCUUGAAAAGCUACGGGAAUCGCUCGACUAUUACCCGACAACCUCGCAAACCUCGGUCGAUUAUGAAAAGGUGUCGAAACGCUCGGCGCAAGACAGUCGACACGCUCCACACAGCUUGCCCUCAACGGUUGGAAGCAAUCUCAGUGAACCAGUAUCGGACAGAAGGGAACCAUGGCAAGCAAAGAAUGUGCUGUGUCUCGAUUCAGGAGGUGUUCGGAGUAUAUCCUCGUUGUUAAUUCUCCGCGAACUCAUGGCCAAAAUUGCGGAGCACGAACACAAGAUCGAGCCCAAAGCAAUGACGAGCAAGGACUCACCCAUGGUCGAGGCCGCUCGUAUUCCCGAACCAAGCAGCGAGAAGACUGCUUACUUACCUUGCCAUUAUUUCGAUUACGUGGCGGGCACGAGCACUGGAGGUCUCAUAGCGAUCAUGUUAGGCCGGAUGAGAAUGAGUGUUGAGGACGCAAUACGAUACUAUCAAGAGAUAUCGCCGAGGCUUUAUCAGCAUCACAAAUCCUCGGUGCAGGCAUGGAGAUUUUUGCUUCGUCCCAAGUCGAGAAGUGAAGACCAAAAGUUAAAUUCAACAAUACAGAAAAUUGCUCCAGAGGAAACAUCGUUCAAAUCUGACUCGACCAUGUGCAGAACAAUAAUCUGCUCUCUGCAAGCGAAAGCCAGUCGUGGCUCGAAGGUACCCUACCUUUUCACCUCAUAUGGUCGCAACACGCUGGAUACUAUCUCUCAAUAUAUGGCCUCUAGUAUCAACCUCGCGCCAGAGGUGAAGUCCCUAGGCAUCGCUCCUACCACGCGUACAACAGCACCAAUGAGCGGUACGGUUCCAAUGAGGAAGCUGUCGCACCCCCCGGACGAUAUUCGCGUCUGGCAGGUCGCUCGCGCCACCAGUUGUAGUCCGUUAUACUUUAAGGCUGUCACUGUGGGAGAACAUAAAUAUUAUGAUGCGAGUAUCAGCCUCAGCAAUCCCAGUUUGGAGGUGUAUCGUGAGGUUAAUAUGGACUUGACUGAGCGUGACAGCAAUCAACAUCUCCAACCAAUUAACAUUUUUGUGAGCCUCGGUUGCGGCAACAGCUCUCCCGACGCACCAAAUACCUUCCUCCAGCACAAAGCAAAGCCCGGGAAAACGGCUUUGAGAUUGAGUAAAGCGCUUGCUGCUUCAUCCGAGGGUGUGCACUACAUAAUGCAAGCUUUGCAUGAUGACACGGAGGCUUUCUCCUACUAUAGGUUUGAUACAAAGACGGGCCUGGAAGGGCUUCGGCAGCUCCACCCCAGCAGCGACUCAAUGCACAGGCAUAUAACAUCUGCCACGGAGGAUUAUCUCCAGAGAAUAGACGUGCAGAAACAGCUCGAUGAAUGCGCCGAGAAGCUUGUAAGACUCCGCAGGCUGCGUUGUAAUACAAGCCGAUGGGAGGCGUUUGCCUUCGGCACAAAGUACAGAUGCAAACAUGACGACGCGACAUGUGACUUUCAGGUACGUCGUCGCGUCGUCGAUCGCGAUGAGCUCCUGGACCAUCUUCGCAUGGAUCACAACAUGCCGCCGCCCGACUCUGUUCACUAUCAAGAAAUCAAGACACUGGUGGAAAAGGGUAGGACGGACAGUGAUUGA